AUGUACAAUCUAAAUUCUGAGAUCCUUGAUUUUCUACACGACUACCCAUUUGGUGAAGAUAUCGUAGACAGUCUUCAGCCACUUUCAGAACAAUAUCGUGGUGAACGAGUCGACAAACCUCCUUUUAGCGAUCUUGACGAGAAGGAAGAACUAGAUUUUCUAGACGCAUAUACAGAUCCACAUGAAAAACCUACUGAGCUACCAGUAUUACAUACAAAUGUCGUUGUGGCCAAUCAUCAAAACAUCUAUCGUUAUCUGAGCGAUACCAAUGCGUCGUUGAGCAAUAUCUACGGCUUAAAAAAUAGCGAGUACGAAAAUCAAUCUAAUGAGAACCCAGCUGUCGUUCCACCAACGAUCGAUUUUGAAAAAAUACAUGGUGCAAACAUCUCGUCUCGCAAAAUAGCCAUUGUUCACAAACUAGAAGAUCGUUUUCGUCUGCGGUAUAAAAGUGAUUAUUUCUCCCUAUACGGGAGGAAGCGAAAACCAAGAUACGUAGCGGAUGAAUUAAACAACCAUUUUGUAGCACUUGAAAUUGCCGAUGGGCUUCAAGGUUACAUUCAAGUUGAUUGGCUGACAGUCGUUGAUAAAUAUGGUCGGCGAUACAGGAUGCCAUACAAAUUUCAAGAAGAUAACGAUAAUGUGAACGUACCGGACGUCAAUCCCCUUCAGCUGAAAAUUAAAGAGGUCAAAAAUGGAAUAAUGAAACUAUAUUUGGUCUUGAUAAAAGCUAAGCAAGAUCAUCUAAAACACCUUCAACCGUUGGUACCAUUUGAACCGUAUCGCAACGCCAUUGAUCCCGCAAUCAGCACAAAUGUUCAAGGAUAUGCUCCAUUAAAUCCUAAAGAAUUAAUUCAAACAUACCAACUGGAGAAAUCUCAACUAGCGUUUACGUAUUGUUCGAUAGCUGCCGAUGGCAAAACUCGUAUUCCGGAAUGGGACACAACCGUUUUCUCCUCUAUUCUACAUGAGGUUCACACACGAAAUUCCAAACGUAAGCCGGUCAAGCGUAUUGAGCAUGCUUGCCCACGGUGCGGCCACCACUUCCAAACUCAGCCAAAGCAGGAUAGUGAAGAUAGUGCCAGUGACGAUGAGACGAGCACUGAUUCUCCAACUACGCGUUCGUUAAAACGAAAAUCGAAUUAA